AGAGCAAACGACGCGUCAGUACAAUCGGCACCGCAGCGCAACGCAGACGUGUACGUUAUUCGCUCCGAGUAUCUCCGGCGCUCCCAAACAUUUCGUGAUUUCUGCCGGCUUGGCGACACAUUUCGUGUUCGUUUUGCCUACUCAGGCGGACGCUUCGAGCGUAAUUUAUCGCGCGUAAAUCAGAACCUCUAAUGUGUUAAAGUGCUAUCUGAACAUCAAAUGGACGCCACCAUUGCGACAUAGAACGAGGACAUUUAUUGUGCUGCAAAAAAAAAACAUUAAAAAACUAAGUAACAUACGGGGAAUUCUUUUUUUGUGCACUCGCGUAAAAUGUUUUCGUAACGUUAAAAUAUUUUUAAUUAUUGUUGUAUACAUCUGAUCAAAGUAUACGCAAAAAAUUGCAGAUUACAAUCGGAUUAUCACCGAUCUAUACAUAACGUGCAAAAAUUUCUAAGCCCAUAACAUGAAUCCAUAUUCAUCCAUAUUCAAAUCAGUGCACGCGAUCCAAGCGGAUGCGAACUAAUUUCAUGUGGCGUUCGCGCCAGUGAGGCUUUUGUGCAAAAAAUUCGAUAGUAAAAAAAAUAAACAUUAAAACUGCUGUGUGUACAAAGUUGAUCGGCUGCGAAAAAGAGAUUAUUGAGUGCUUGGUUGCGAUUUACAGUCAGCGAUCUGAACAGUUCACCAGCAACAUCAAAAUGUGGCCGUUGCGGUUUGCAUCAAUUUGUGCAGUGAUAAUUUUUGCAGAAUCAGCAUAUGAACGCAUAGGAUAUUUUUGGCAAAUCACAGAUCUUCAUUUUGAGCCACACUUUUCUAUCAAUGGUGAUCCACGUAAAGGAUGUGUGCGACCAGACAAUGAUGGUGGCUCUCGAUCAAGUAGGAAACCCGCAGGAAGGUUCGGUGACUACUCUUGCGACGCUCCAUGGGCUUUAAUUAAAUCUGCAGCGGAAACAAUGUACUCUCGACAGGGCGAUAAUGUGGAAUUUGUUUUAUGGACAGGGGAUGCCUUGUCACAUUCAGCUCGACGGUCAUCUGAAAUACAACAAUUGGAGCUUUUGCAAAAUCUGACAGAUUUGCUGGCGCAAACAUUCAGCUCACAGUUCAUAUUCCCAGCGCUAGGACAUGACGAUCCUUUAGCUAGGAAAGAAUUAGGACGAAUGUGGAUUAGAUGGUUACCUACUGACUCAAUAACAACUUUUGAUUCAGGUGGAUAUUACCUAAUUGAAAGAAAAACCCACAAAUUGCAAAUUGUCGUCUUGAAUACAAAUCUUAUGAAAAGGAAUGAUAACGACGAAGAGGCUCGAAAACAAUGGGACUGGUUGAAUAUUGUAUUGCAAAAAUGUCAGAACAACAAAGAAACGGUUUAUCUGGUUGGUCACAUGCCUCCAGGUUCUGACGAACGACAACGUGGUGGCAACCAUCAUGCUCAUUACGCCUACACUGAUCACCACAACAAGCGAUAUUUGAAACUGGUUCGCAAGUUUGCCGACAUCAUUGUAGGCCAGUUUUUUGGCCAUCUUCAUUCCGAUUCGUUUCGAGUUAUCUACAAUGAUAAUGGUCGACCUGUUUCCUGGGCAAUGAUUGCGCCCUCUGUUACACCCAGAAGAACUACGGAUGGAGCUAAUAAUCCAGGACUGAGACUUUAUAAAUUUGACAAGGAUACUGGUCAGGUGUUGGACUAUACUCAAUAUUAUUUAGAUUUGGGACGCCUAAGCAGGCAUCCAGGGGUGAUAGAUUGGGAGGUCGAGUACAACUUCAGCUCGUAUUACGGCCUAUCGAACAUCUCGCCGCUGUCACUGCACACGCUCGCCGAGAAAUUAACACAAUCCAGCACUAAUGAGAAACCCAGCUUUAAUAAGUACUAUAAGGCGAACAGCGUAAGGAUGUACAGCAGCAGCACCACAUCCUGUGACAAUUGUGCGCACACGCAUUAUUGCGCCAUCACGCGGGUAGACUACGAAGAAUACGAGCAGUGCGUGAAGACGGCGGCCAGCGCUCUCGCGUCUUCGUCCUUAGGACACAAGAACGUCCUUUAUGCAGUGGUUUUGCUAUUUAGCCUCGUACUGAGCCUGCUACCCAUGCUGACGAAUUGAAUGUGAUAAAGUUGUACGUUUUAAGCUAUUCACAGUAAGAAAAUCUACUUUUAAGAUAAAAACGACAAAAAAACGUAUAGAUAUGUAUGUAAAACAUAAAAAGAAAUGUUUAUAAUAGUGCCACGAAAAUUAGCUGAGAUUUAUUUAUCAAUGUUAUUUAGUUGAAUACUACCUAAAACAAGUUUAACAAUGUAAGCUGAUUUAAAAUUUGUAGCCUAUCUAAAAGUAUAACCAAAUUUGCAAAAUAUACCAAUAUGACAACAUCACGAUUGGUACAUGCGUAUAAAAAUUAUUUAAUUAUACAGUUUGUUUAUAAAUGCAUUUUAUAAAUUUUGCAUUUUAUAAGAAUGCGCAUAUUUUAUAAAAUAAAAAUUAAAAAAAUUGAGGAACGAAAUUGAUAUUGGAAUUGCUAAGAGUAUUUGUGACAAAAAAAAUUUCGAUACUGUAGCGUAAUCACUAACUUAUAGCAAUUGUAUACAUGCAGUAUUGGUGUAAAAUAUUUUUAUAUUUUAUAAAAUAUUAUCUAAAUGUACAUACUACCUAUAGAUAACAGAGUACGAAAGAAGAAAACUGCAAACGAAACGAUUGAACAUUGUAAAAGAAUUGAAAUGAUUUGUCUAUGACAGUAGCCUAAUUAGAAACAUGAAGAAACAUAAAGACAAAAAUAUAUUACGUGCAAAUAAGAAAUGAAUUAUUCACUUUACUUGAAGAUAAAGAAAAUGAUGAAUAAAGAAAUAUUAAAGUAUAGCUUUUUAUGUGAAAAAAAAAAUUAUGAAGAAGAAACUCAAUGUACAUACGCGCACUGUGGGAAAAACAAAUCCUGCCAUCCUGCAAAGAGCAAGGGUUUAAUGUCUAUUUACAGAAAGAUCAAUCGAUGAUAAAUUCUUUCAAAGAAUUUUUUUUAUUUUGGUUGAAAACAAACUUCAAUGCUUUGAAGGAAAUUAUAUCGCGAUUGUAACAUGCGGAUUGAUUAUAAUUCUGUGUAUUUUUAUAUAUUAUUUUAAAGUUUACUUCAUUCUACAUGAUGCAACGUAUAGACGUGCAAAUAAAACAUUUUCCAUUUGUGGAAUGCUGCAGCAUUCGAUGUGGUGGUGUGAAUGAAUGACAAAUGACCAAAACUGUUCUCUGUAACAUCCAACAAGAAAAUAAUAGUUUAAAAGACUAACUGUAAUGUAAAACUAAUUAACUAACCGUAAAUGUAAUUUACAUCCAUUUUGUUCGACUUAAGUUAUUGUAUUAAAGCCAAAACGUGUACCUUGUUUUGUUUCUCACAAACUGUUAGCAAACUUGCCGACAUUUGUUUAUUUGUGCUGAUUACGAAAUAAAAUCAAUGCUAACGCAAA